ACUUCUCUGGCAAAAUCAUAACCAAGUCCAAGUUCAAUCCCUCUAUUUUUUUUUAUUCUACCUACUACUUCUGCAGACUCAGAAUUCUUCACAUAUAAACAAUUGUUUCUGGUUAUCAACUUAUCCAUAUUGAAGCUACUUCAAUGGCUGCUUCAACCUCUCACAAAGGGAAGAUAAAGGAAGUGGAAGAACUCAAACAAGAGUUGGAGCGUUGUCGGAAAGAGAACGAAGCUCUUCAAUUAAUGGUUGAAGUUAUGACCAGUAGAUACAACAAUCUUCAAACCUAUAUUCAAGAAAGAGAGCAGAGGACACAAGUUACAGUAGCCAAUAAGGCAUCACAAGUGUUUGUCAAAGCCGAUGCUAAGGACAAGAGCCUAGUUGUUAAAGAUGGAUAUCAAUGGAGGAAAUAUGGACAGAAGGUUACCAAGGAUAAUCCAUCUCCUCGAGCUUAUUACAGAUGUUCCAUGGCCCCCGAAUGCCCUGUCAAAAAGAAAGUUCAGAGAUGCAUGAAGGAAAAGUCUUUUGUUGUUGCAACUUAUGAAGGAAUACACAGCCAUCCCCCCAAUGGUUCACCAAGACAACCUUCGUCCUCACCAAAUCGAUUGGCGACGGGUUUCAUGCCUGAUGUCCCCAGUCAAGACAAGGAUAAAACACCUUUCAGCCUAGAACUUAAUCUUUCUGGUUCUAAUCAAGAGACCAGAAGACCCCCUCCUCAACAUGUCCCAGAAAACUAUGACAGCAUAGAACAUAGAAGUAUUGAAGAAUAUGUUGCAUCAUUAGCUAAAGAUCCUAACUUUACAGUAGCACUAGCUGCAGCAAUAGCAGGCUCCAUCACUGACCUCGCCAAGUCAACAAGGCAGUGAGUCUUACUAUCAUUUCUGAAACUCCGGUACAAGUGCAAAGAGAGGGAGGGAAAAAGAAAACCCUAGAAUCUACUUCCUUUCUUCCACUCUCUUUUUUUUUUCUCCAAGGAAUUGCAUGGAAAUGAAUGGCUGUUUGAAUGAUUA